GCAGACCGGGGCAGACAGAAGGCCUUUAAAGGUGCAGUUAUGUGCUCUCUACUCUGCAUUUCAGACGAUUAUGUUUUAGAGUAUAUUUCUUAAAUACUAAAAACAACUUGGGUCGCUUUUUCCUUAAUUGCACACAAAAAGCAAAAGGAAAUUACUGAGAAACUUAUUUUUAAUAAUAAUGCGUAUGUAGUUCGAUGCGGGCCCCACUGCGUGUCAAUCUAAAUAAACAAUGAAGACUAAUGGUUAAGUAUAAUACUGAUACGGGAUUUGAGGGUAUGAUUAUUUCCAAUCUACAAUGACGUGUGCUGUUGAUGCUAUAAGAUAGCGCAGCGAGUCUUCUUUAACUCGGCAUUUUAAGUCACCGUGAGUCCUCAGCGCUUGGCUGCUGUAGCCUCGCGAGAGAUGGCGAGCGUUCCGAGUGUCACCGGAUUGGCUGAGAGCGGCUGGUUGUAAGAUGGCGCCCAGUGAGAGCUGAGUAGAAGUAAAAGGGGAAAAUAAUAAUAUAGAGAACUGCAAGAAACCUGUGGUACUGCCAGGCAAGAAAUAAUACGCAAAAAGAAUUUGUUCUUUAUUGCCACGAGAAAGCUGUGUCAACGUUGUAAAUCGGCUGCACUGAACACCCAGUGGAAGUAUACUGGAGCAGCCCAGGCCGAGGUGGAAAGAGGCCACAUGUGUAUAUUCUGUGACGCGCCUGUGACUCUGGAGAGGAGAAGCGCGUUUACAGUUGUGUGAACGCGGCAGCGCGCAUUACAGAUCUCCCUCGGAGGAACGUGAGGAGCAUCAUCAUGAACAACUCUGUGGACAACACAGUGUCGUUUGAGGAGUAUGUGCGGCAGAAGGCCCGCAGCGUGCCGCAGCACCGCAUGAAAGAGUUCCUGGAAUCGCUGGCCAGCAAAGGUCCAGAGGCACUGCAGGAGUUCCAGCAAGGUGGCACCACCAUGGUGUACCAGCAGGGGGCGAACUGCGUCUACACCGACAGCACAGAGGUGGCAGGGUCCUUGUUGGAGCUGGCCUGUCCUGUGCAGGUACAGGUCCAACAGUCUCCACAGCAACCACAGCAACAGCAGCAGCAACAGGCGCAGCAGGUGACAUCUGCACAGCUGUCCCCACAGCUGGCUGCUGCGGUGCACCAGGCCUCAGAGCAGCAGAUACAAGUGCAGGUGCAGAUCCAGGGGCAGCAGCAGGCGCAGGCAGUGGGACAGGUGCUCCAGGUGCCCAGCCCCACCCAGCAGCAGCUGGCCGGCUCCCAGCUGCAGACGGUGGCUGCCGGCCAGCUGGUGCAACAUGGCGAGAUCACAGAGGAGCAGCUGCAGCAGCACCAGCAGAUCCAGGCCCAAUUGGUGACUGUGGCCGGCGGACAGCAGAUCCAGAUUCAGACCGUGGGGCCGCUGUCGCCCCAGCAACAGCAGGGCUCCCCGCGGGAGGGGGAGCGGCGCUCUGGGGCGGGGGGCGUCCUACAGCCCGCCAAAAAGCGGAAGGUGGACAUGCCCAUCACGGUGUCUUACGCCAUCCCCGGGCAGCAGCUGGCCACCGUGCUGGCCAUCCCACAGGGCCAGGGCCAGCAGCAGAGCUACCUGUCCCUGCGGCCCGACCUGCUGACAGUGGACAGCACCCACCUGUACAGCGCCACCGGCACCAUCACCAGCCCCACGGGCGAGACCUGGACUAUCCCCGUGUACUCAGCACCGGCACGUGCCGACCUGCAGCAGCAGAGCAUCACGCACAUCGCCAUACCGCAGGAAGCCUAUAGCGCCGUCCAUGUGGCUGGCUCCCCUGCCGACGACAAGGACAAGAUGUUGGUGGCCGGCAAGCUGGCCAUCGGCACGGCGCCGGGGGCGGCCCCUGUGACCACGACGACGGCCACCACGCAGGAGGAGGUGGUCCAGACACUGGCCAACACCCUGUUCCCGGCGCAGUUCAUGAACGGGAACAUCCACAUUCCUGUUGCCGUGCAGACAGUGGCCGGGGCCUACCCCAGUGCGACGCAGUCCGUCCACAUCUGGGACCCCCAGCAGCAGGUGGUGCAGGCCCAGGGGGUGGCCGGACAGGAGCAGCAACAACUACAGACUCAGACAGUCCAGCUGGCCGAGGUGGAGACGCAGCCACAGGCCCCCCCUACACUGCUCCUCCCCAACUCCCUGAAGCCCGAGGAGGGCUUGGAGGUGUGGCGCCUGUGGGCACAGAGCAAGAACGCGGACCUGGAGAAGGACGGCCAGAGCCGGCUGGCCCCCAUCGGCCGACGGCAGCCUCUGCGCUUCCAGGAGGACCUGGUGUCCUGUGCCGUGGCCGAGCUCAACAUCGGCCUGUCGCUGAUGACCCAGGAGGCCCGGGGGCUGGAGGGCGAGCCUUUCGAUCCAGAUGUGCUCUACUACAUCUUCCUCUGUAUACAGAAGUACCUGUUUGAAAAUGGCCGGGUGGACGACAUCUUCUCAGACCAGUACUACCUACGUUUUUCCCAGUGGCUGCACCGCGUUCUGGAUGGCUGGAAACCAAGCGUACAUCCACUGGCAGGUUACAUCAUCCCGAGUCAUGUGACGGAGGAGAUGCUGUGGGAGUGUAAACAGCUGGGCGCUCACUCGCCUGCCACUCUGCUCACCACGCUCAUGUUCUUCAACACUAAGUACUUCCAAUUGAAGACGGUGGAGCAGCACAUGAAGGUGGCAUUCUCCAAGGUUCUUCGGCACACCAAGAAGAACCCGUCAAACCCCAAGGACAAAAGCACCAGCAUCCGCUACCUGAAAGGUGUGGGGCUGCAUCACGUGGGCCAGAAAGUGACAGACGACAUGUACGCCGAGCAGGCAGAGCACCCGGAGAACCCGCUGCGCUGCCCCAUCAAGCUGUACGACUUCUACCUCUUCAAGUGUCCCCAGAGCGUAAAGGGCCGCAACGACACCUUUUACCUAACGCCUGAACCGGUGGUGGCACCCAACAGUCCCAUAUGGUACUCUACCCAGCCAAUCACGCGGGAGCAACUGGAGCACAUGCUCACGCGCAUUCUCAUGGUGCGAGAGAUCCAGGAUGUCGUCGCCCUGACAUCGGGAAGCAUUCACUAAGCAGGAGGGUGAAGCAGCCCCAGCCAAAUCAGGGCUUGACGUGGACCGUGAUCUGCCCCUCUGUUUCGUUUUCUCUCUUCGUUUAUCACUGCCCUCGUUCCUGCUCUCCGACAGUUGCCGGCUGAGCGCCCGUCCCCAGACUCCGCACCGAAUCGGCUUCUCUUCCCGAGAAGCAGAACCAUGGGAGAGCAGUUGCCUGUGUCAUUUGUCACUUCUUUUUUUAUGAUGUAUUUUUUUUUAUGCAUAAAAGCAUAUUUUUUGAUUAUCCUCACGAAGCAGCCUUUCCUUAUCGUUGUACUUAGCACACCUGUAACCCUCAGAUGAACUGAGGUACGUUUUCCUGAAAUGAGCCCCCCCCCCCCCCAUGUUUUGUUCUUGUGAUUUUUAAUUUCUUUCGUUAUUGGUACAUGUAUCUCUGAAGCAUUACUGCCCUGAUUUUGACUCACUACAUUUGGAGCAGGUGUUUCCCGGUUCUGUCUCUCUUUGGCUCUGGCUGUCCCUCUGCUCCUCUGCUCCCUAUUAGCCAUGACUGUCUUGCUCUCGCCUGGGACGUCUCUCUUGCUCGGAGGCCAACCUCGCCUGUGGCAACCCCCCCCGCCGCAGCCGGGCCUGCUCCUCCCCCCGCUCGAUGUACUCAUAGGAAAAGGUUUGGGAGGCUCCACCAGGCUGCCCAGCCCGGCACGACCGCUCUCCUCACGUUCCUGACAUGGGACAGGACCCCAGGCCUCUUUGUCUCCCGUCAGCUGUUAGAACGUCACCGCCAAAAAUAAAAAAAAAAAGGACAGAUCUGCCUUCUGUAAGGACUCUCCCAAGCUUGAGGGAGACCCCACUGAAGACUCACCAGGCGCAACUCGCAGACGAACAGUAUGCGUGGAUACAGAAGCUAAACGGCAAAAGACAUUUGACUCCUUGCGUAUAUUUAAUUAUGUGGUGUGUAUGUGUUCAUACACACAGUCUUGCAACGAACACAGUUCUCUUGCGGAUUCAGUGUGGCGAAGACCACCAUCUUCCGAAACAUAUUGUAAAAUAAACACACUUGUAUUAUAUAUAAACUGACAAAACGAACAUUCUCUGGGUUUACUCUCCUUUUUGUUUUAUUUUCCCGUCUCUAUAUUCUUCUAUGUAUCGGUAUUGUAGUCGUUUAUGGAAGAUGGCAAACUGUGUGUUUUGAAACAUGCCUUUUUUUACAGCUC